GAAACCUGAGUUCUGCUUCGGCUACAGCGAGAAGCAGAGAUCAACAUCACAAGUCUCAUCCUCGAGCUGCAUCACAAUCCGCUGCCACCCGGCCAAUCAUCGCAUCCGCUCCUAAUAAUACUGCCAAAGAAACAUUCUUGAAUUAUUUCUUUGGGUCACAGGGGCCAGCGACGGGACCGAGUGCAGCCAUUCCUUCAUCUAUCCGAUUCGAAGGCCCAGUGGUGACGGACAUCUUAGGAAAUGAACCACUUCCCGAACAAGACAUGGGGAAGGUGGUCGCUCUUGACAUGAAGUCCCUGAGCAAGCAUAUCGAGACUGAUCUCGUACCAAAGGCUAUUAUGCACCUCCUUGUUAACAAUACUUCCCAGCAAGUUCAAAAUCGUCUUGUCAGCUCUUUGUACAAGCCAGACAUGUUUAUGGAGCUACUUCACGAGGAUGAGACGCUUGUUGCUGAACGCGAGCGAGUGAAGGCGCUGCUGGAUGCAUACAAGGAGGCGUUCAAAACCCUCUCCGAA